AAACCCAAUCACGAGUAACGACGCCGGGAGUGGGAGGGAGCACUUGGGAGCAAAACAUGGCGAAAUAGCAAGUUUGCCUGCGUGACGUCGUUUCGGGGCGCGACAUACCGCCGCAGUGUCGGCUUCACAACGACGGCGAGGCGCCCACAGCAAUGUUGGAUGGUGGACGCGCAACUUUCACGAGUCUCGGGCCCGCUGUAGAUGAAGUGUUGCGGGGGCUGGGCCACAGCACGACGCCCGUCCGCCCGUAUCGUUUUCCGGGAAGGUCGGCAUCGCCGGGCGCGACUGGCAACACGGUAGAAAAUGGAAGAAGAAGCAAAGUUGAUUUGGCAAGCGGCUGCUUAGCCUGCCUGCUGUUUUAGCCGCGUUAGCUAACCAGCCGGAGCUGCUUUGAUCGCGCCCACCUGUCUCCUCGGACCACCGGGGGGAGGGGGAGGGGGGGGGAAACAAAAACACAAAUUAGGCUCGAUUUCGGAAGUUGAACAACCGCGGACGCACUGCAAGACGCUUGUAACGACACCUUCGGGGUUAGUGACCUAAAAGAGAAGGAGAAUGCUGCUAGUUUGGUAGGCGGAGGCACCCGGGCGCCAUCGCAUCAUUACUGCGCUCACUUUUAUAUAUAUAUAUAUAUAUAUAUAUAUAUAUAUAACAAACGCUGCUUUUCUUCGUACGCUGUCAUCAACAACAAUAUAUUGCUGCCAUUUUUUUCCCGUCCCUGUGGCAACGGCAGCUGGUUUGCUAGUCGGAAUGGAAAAAGGUCUCGCUGGAAUGAAGGCAGGCACCGAGUGUUCAUGUUGAUGUUCAACAGUCGGUCGAGGCGCACUGCUGGCGGAACCCAAACAAAAAAUAAAAAAAAUGGUGGAUUUCAAGAGUGUUUAGCUCGGCGUGAAAGGUUUUAUUUCGUUGUUGUUGCCAAGACAACAUUGCGAGGUGUCGACGCGAGCUAGCCAGCGAUUCCAGCGAAGCCGACUGGGCGUCCGGAGCCAUUGAUGCCAGUUCAGAUCACCAAAGGUGCCACCCGCACACCCUCCAAGUGCUCCUCGUGACAAAUCUGGAGAAGUUGUGAAGCUAACGCUGCACGUUCGGGCCAGCCAUGUCUGAAAACGCCCCCACGCGAAGCCUGGACGACAUCGACCUGGCAGCUCUGAGGGAUCCUGCAGGAAUCUUCGAGCUGGUUGAGGUGGUCGGCAAUGGGACUUAUGGGCAGGUGUACAAGGGCCGCCAUGUGAAGACGGGCCAGCUAGCGGCCAUCAAGGUGAUGGAUGUUACAGAGGAGGAAGAGGAGGAGAUCAAAGCUGAAAUCAACAUGCUGAAAAAAUACAGCCACCACCGCAACAUUGCCACGUAUUACGGUGCCUUCGUCAAGAAGAGCCCACCGGGACACGAUGACCAGCUUUGGUUGGUGAUGGAGUUCUGCGGGGCUGGCUCAGUGACCGACUUGGUGAAAAACACAAAGGGGAGCUCUCUGAAGGAGGACUGGAUUGCAUACAUCUGCAGAGAAAUCCUUAGGGGCCUUUCCCACCUUCAUGCCCAUAAAGUCAUCCACAGAGACAUCAAGGGCCAGAAUGUUCUGCUCACAGAGAACGCAGAGGUCAAACUUGUUGAUUUUGGAGUCAGUGCCCAGCUGGACAGGACUGUGGGGCGUAGAAACACCUUCAUUGGUACGCCUUACUGGAUGGCGCCAGAAGUCAUUGCCUGCGAUGAAAAUCCUGAUUCUACCUACGACUACAGGAGUGAUAUCUGGUCCUUGGGAAUCACCGCCAUCGAAAUGGCCGAAGGAGCGCCUCCACUGUGUGACAUGCAUCCAAUGAGAGCCCUCUUCCUGAUUCCCAGGAAUCCCCCUCCUAAACUGAAAUCCAAAAAGUGGUCUAAGAAAUUUAUUGACUUUAUCGAGGCCUGCCUUGUGAAGACGUAUCCCAGCCGACCGUCCACAGAGCAGCUGCUCAAGCACACUUUCAUCAGGGACCAGCCUACUGAGCGGCAGGUCCGGAUUCAGCUCAAAGACCACAUUGACCGGACGCGCAAAAAAAGGGGGGAGAAAGAGGAGACAGAAUACGAGUACAGCGGUAGUGAUGAAGAGGAUGAAAAUCGUAGCGAUGACAGAGAGUCCAGCUCGAUCCUCAAUGUGCCUGGAGAGUCCACCCUGCGUCGGGACUUCCAGCGCCUCCAACAGGAGAACAAGGAGCGGUCAGAGGCCCACAAGAGGCAGCAGGCCCAAUUGGCUGCUCAGCGCAGGGACCCUGAGGAACACAAGAGGCAAUUGCUGCAUGACAGACAGAAACGCAUUGAGGAGCAAAAAGAGCAGCGUCGGCGACUGGAAGAGCAACAGCGAAAGGAGAGAGAAAUGGUGCGGCAGCAAGAAAAAGGGCCCCAUCGGCGACUCGACGAUAUGAGACGGGAGGAAGAUAGAAGAUUGGCUGAAAGAGAGCAGGAGUUUAUAAGACAUAAGUUAGAAGAAGAGCAGCGGCAGCUAGAAAUCCUUCAGCAGCAGCUGCUUCAGGAGCAGGCACUGCUUAUGGAGUAUAAGCGUAAGCAGCUGGAGGAGCAGCGUCAGUCGGAGCGGCUGCAGAGGCAGCUACAACAGGAGCAUGCUUACCUGGUGUCGCUGCAGCAACAGCAACAGGGAAAGAAGCCCCAACUCUACCACUAUAACAAGAACUUGGAGCCCAACAACAAACCCACCUGGGCCCGCGAGGUGGAAGAGCGAAGUAAGCUCAACAGACAGGGCUCUCCAAAAAUCUGUACCACUGUCUCCGACACGGCCAUCCAGUCACGCUCAGACUCAAUCAGCCAGUCUGGAGUGGGCCAGUCUGCUCAGACGCCCCCAAUGCAGAGACCUGUUGAACCUCAAGGGGUACAGGGCAAGUUCCAGAUGGCCCACUUGGUGCCACUAAAGCCUUACGCGGCCCCUGUCCCACGCUCCCAGUCUCUGUGCGACCAGCCUACUAAGACCAUGUCCGCAUUCCCUACCCAGGACCCGUCCCUCGCCCCCACGCCCCGACCCGUCCACUCCAGAGAGCUAGUGCGUCAGAACUCAGACCCCACGUCUGAGACCCCCGCACCACAGGCACACCUAAUCAGGGAGGAUCGUGGGCCCUGGAUCCGCUUGCCAGAUGUGGAACUCCCGCCCAAGAUUCCCCAGAGGACCGCAUCAAUUGCCGCAGCUCUCAACAGCAACCUGACUUCUGGCAUUCGGCAUCCAGUGAGAGCCAGUAAUCCGGAUCUCAGCCGAAACGAUCGCUGGGAGAGAGGCGACGGUAUUGGCAUCAUAUCUAAUCUGCCACAGACGGGCUCGUUGGAGAGGCACCGCAUCCUCAGUUCCUCCAAAAUGGAUUCACCAAUUUUAUCCCAUGAUAGCCGUCAGAAGCCAGGGGAGUCUCGCACCUCUUCUCGUCCAGGGCGUCCUGCUAGUUACAAGCGAGCUAUAGGAGAGGACCACGGCCUCUUUGCCAAAGAGCGUGCUGAGGAACAGCCGAGGCCCCCAGUCAAGGCCAAUGAUUACUCCUCGUCCUCGGAGAGCAGCGAGAGUAGUGAAGAGAGCGAAAAUGGGGAAGGGGUAGACGAGGAGGAGAGCCCCACUGAUCGUCACAGGGAUGCCGACACCGAUUCAGUCAACACGAUGGUGGUUCAUGAAGACGAGGGCGAGGAGGCAGAAGGAGAGCAAGCUGGAGGUUAUGGAGAUCAGACCAUGUUGGUGCAAAGGACCCCAGAGAAGCGGAGCCACAAUGGAUACACUAACUUGCCGGAUGUGGUGCAGCCCUCCCACUCCCCCACUGAUUCCGCCGCACACUCUUCCCCUGGGAAGGACUCCGUGUAUGAUUAUCAGUCCAGAUGUUUGGUCAAGGCACCUGGCAAGUCCUCCUUCACCACUUUUGUGGAUCUUGGAAUGUACCAGACACCGGGAGGUGCCGGGGAUAACAUCUCUGUUACCAGCUCAAGGUUUGAACAGCUGAAGAUGGAGGUGAGGAAAGGUUCCAUGGUGAAUGUGAAUCCCACCAACACGCGGCCCCCGACUGACACACCGGAGAUCCGAAAGUACAAGAAGAGGUUCAACUCCGAGAUCCUGUGUGCAGCGCUCUGGGGUGUGAACCUGUUGGUGGGGACGGAGAAUGGUUUGAAGCUGCUGGACCGCAGUGGACAGGGCAAAGUUUAUCCACUCAUCAACUCUCGCCGGUUCCAGCAGAUGGACGUUUUGGAGGGCCUCAACCUGCUCAUCACUAUUUCAGGCAAGAAAAACAAGGUGCGCGUUUACUACCUGGCCUGGCUGAGGAAUAAGAUCCUGCACAAUGACCCCGAAGUGGAGAAGAAGCAAGGCUGGACCACUGUGGGCGAGAUGGAGGGCUGCGUGCACUACAAAGUUGUGAAAUAUGAGCGGAUAAAGUUCCUGGUGAUCGCUUUGAAGAAUGCGGUGGAAGUGUAUGCUUGGGCGCCCAAGCCUUAUCACAAAUUCAUGGCCUUCAAGUCAUUUGCAGACCUGCCACACAGGCCUGUCCUUGUGGACCUGACUGUGGAGGAGGGUCAGAGGUUGAAGGUCAUCUACGGUUCCUGUGCUGGCUUCCACGCCAUCGACGUGGACUCUGGAAACAACUACGACAUUUACAUCCCGGUUCAUAUCCAGAGCCACGUGAUGCCGCACGCUAUCGUGUUCCUGCCCAGCUCCGACGGGAUGGAGAUGCUUCUGUGCUACGAGGACGAGGGCGUCUACGUCAACACAUAUGGACGCAUCAUCAAGGAUGUGGUCCUGCAGUGGGGAGAAAUGCCGACGUCUGUCGCUCAUAUCUGCUCCAAUCAGAUCAUGGGCUGGGGAGAAAAAGCCAUCGAGAUCCGUGCCGUGGAGACUGGACACCUGGACGGCGUCUUCAUGCACAAGAGAGCUCAGAGGCUCAAGUUCCUUUGCGAGAGGAACGACAAGGUGUUCUUCGCCUCGGUGCGCUCGGGAGGCAGCAGCCAGGUGUACUUCAUGACCUUGAACAGGAACUGCAUCAUGAACUGGUGAAGGAACAGGAUUUGGAGAAGGGAGGGCGUCCAACAUUCUCUCUCUCUCUCUCUCUCUCUCUCUCUCUCUCACACACACACACACACACACACACACGCGCGCGCGAGCUUGCAAUAUACAGUAUGUACACACACACACACUGAUGAACAUAGAUUUAGAAGAAUUAAAAAGAAAUGCACACAUGGUCUGGAAAAAAUAAAAUAAAAAAUGCAGUCUUUAAA